AGGUAUCCCGGUAUCCAAGAUGAAUGUCAAGGGGCUCGCUGGUUUGAAGAAGAUGUCCUCCAAAAUUCCGAAAGGGAUGGAUGCGGGCACCCAGAAGCCCGCCGGUGAUUUCUUCAAGAAGUCCGAGGGCCCGUCGACGGUCCCUACUGCUGAUGCCGCCGCCGCGAAGAGGAAGGCCGCGGGCAAGGCUCCCGAGGGGAAGAAGCCCAAAAAGGGAGAUACCGGGAACAAGGAUCCUCCCGUGGUGAUUGUAGAUGAGCACUCCGCCUCCGGGACGCACGUGGAGAUGCCGACGGCUGAAAUGUUGAUGGGUAUUGGGGAGCUACCCUCCGAGGUUCUGCAGGUUUCUCUCCCGAGGGGAACAGCCGUGAUGAACUGCACGGUGGAUCCGAGGGUGCUCCUGAGGGGCAUGACCCCUGAGAUUGACAGAGCCGUCCUCGGGGAAGAUGAUGACGUGGCACUCGAGGACAAGAUCCUCCGGUCUUCCCUCACUGCUUGCAUUGCCCUCAGCGAGCAGGCCCGGAGGCGAGAGGACUGGCGCCUGCACAAGGCUGAGCAGGACGCGAAGAUGAAGGAACUCGUUCAUCAGAAAUCUGAUUCCAUCAGGCAAAUGGCCGCGCUAGAGGAGAGCCUUCGGCAUAUGACGCUGCGAGUGGAGGUAGCUGAUCGGGGCAAGGCUGAGGCUGAGAGGUCCAGAGUUGAAGCCAUCGAGAAGGCCGCCAAGGAGGCUGAGGCCGCCAAGGCGGAAGCCGUUGCCAAGGCACGGGAGGAGGCCAUCUCCGGAUUCCUGGCAGAGGGGUGGAAAGCCGAGGGGCACAAGCAAUGGCUGUGCUUGGUUGUGGAGUCCUCAGUUGACGAGUGGUGUGACGGGCCAAGCGUAGAGUGGGUGUCCCGAAAGGGCAAGCAAUACUAUGAUGGGGGUGAGUUUUUUACUCAGGCCCUCAUCUACCGGAGGAUGGCCCAUCAUUUGAAAAUCGAGCCGAAGGAUUUCGACCCGGCAGCAUAUGGCCUCCCUCUCCUACAGCCAGACGUUCGUGUUCCCCUCCCUCCGGAUGUCGAAAGGCCAGACCUAGAAGAUACAGAGCUGACGAAGGAGGCCGAGGGCGACGGUGAGGAGGCUGGAGUAGAAGUCACCUCGAAGCCUGUUGAGGAAGAAAAUGCUGAGUCAUUUUGUACUUAGUAAAUUUAAAAGAACAGCUUUUGUGAUGAACAUUUGUUUGCUUUCGGCAUUGGCACUCCUGUAAUAGACAUUUUAACCCUUCUUUCCUUUUAAUGAAUGAAUGUCUGCCUUCGGGCUUUUGU